AAUGCGUUCCUUUUUCAGUGCUGGGUUCCUGCACAAUUCACCGGAGCGUGGGAGAAAUAUGCAGAGACCUAUUGUUUCAUCAAAGGAUCGUACUUCUUACCGGAUGACGAACAUCCUAACGAGGAUUUCAUUGAAAGAGAUAACGCUGUUAUUGGCUACUAUCAAUGGGUUCCAUUAGUGUUAGCGCUCCAAGCGUUUUUGUUCUAUGCCCCAUGCGUCGUAUGGAAAGCUUUAAAUUGCUCUACUGGUAUUAAUGUAAAAGAUGUUCUCGAGAACACUGCCAAAGUGAAGAAAAACGUCACUACAAAAGAGCGGGAAAAUCAGGUCUUCAAAGCAGCUGUUCAUCUAAAAGAGGCUCUGGAAUUGCAGAGGGAGCUCAAAGCAGCUGGUAUGAUUGUGAAAAAUGCCGAAAAUCGGGCUCCUAUCUGUCCGCUGUCUAUGUCUUCACGAAAUUUCUCUAUUUCUGCAUUUUCUCCGCUUUCCUUGGAACGAACAAACACGUUCUGGGGUUGGGAAAUAUUUUCGGACAUCUGGAGCGGUCGUGAAUGGAAUGUUACUGGUCACUUCCCCAGAGUAACUAUGUGUGACUUUACGGUACGAGUUCUUGGUGCCCUUCAUCGUUGGACGGUACAGUGCGUGCUGAUGAUCAACAUGUUCACGGAGAAAAUCUAUGUCUUCCUGUGGUUUUGGUUCAUACUAGUUGGUACACUAUCUGUAAUUUCGCUCAUAUACUGGGUGGUGGCUUUGGUUGGUACCAAUUUCCAACGUGGAUUCGUUACAAAAUACCUGAGAUGUAUGGGAGAGAUCAGCGAUGAACCUACCCGUGUGGAGGAGGAGAAAGUGAGCGGAUUUGUUCGCAAUUACCUAACAUCCGACGGCGUUUUCUUGCUGCGGCUUAUUCAGACAAAUGGCGGUGAUAUGCUGGCCGGUGAGAUCAUCGCCUCGAUGUUCCGUCAGUACAAUGAACGCCGAAAGGCUCCGAUGUCUGACGAUUCAUUCGGUGACUCGCCAGACACGACGGCCACACUUCCUCGGUAG